GGGUGGUUUGAUGUGGGGGCCGUUGGCUCCAGACAAAUAAACAUGGAGUCCAUCUUCCACGAGAAAAGAAGCUGGAUAGGUGGGAAUAUCUGCUUACAAAGGGCCUUAAAUUCCAUCUUGCAAGGUGAAUUUUUCUCACCUGUAUUGAUUNNCUCAAUUGCACAUCAGCUGGAUGAGGAGGAGAGGAUGAGAAUGGCAGAAGGAGGAGUUACUAGUGAAGAUUAUCGCACGUUUUUACAGCAGCCUUCUGGAAAUAUGGAUGACAGUGGUUUUUUCUCUAUUCAGGUUAUAAGCAAUGCCUUGAAAGUUUGGGGUUUAGAACUAAUCCUGUUCAACAGUCCAGAGUAUCAGAGGCUCAGGAUCGAUCCUAUAAAUGAAAGAUCAUUUAUAUGCAAUUAUAAGGAACACUGGUUUACAGUUAGAAAAUUAGGAAAACAGUGGUUUAACUUGAAUUCUCUCUUGACGGGUCCAGAGUUAAUAUCAGAUACAUAUCUUGCACUUUUCUUGGCUCAAUUACAACAGGAAGGUUAUUCUAUAUUUGUUGUUAAGGGUGACCUGCCAGAUUGCGAAGCUGACCAACUCCUGCAGAUGAUCAGGGUCCAACAGAUGCAUCGACCAAAACUUAUUGGAGAAGAAUUAGCACAACUGAAAGAGCAAAGAGUCCAUAAAACAGACCUGGAACGAGUGUUAGAAGCAAAUGAUGGCUCAGGAAUGUUAGAUGAAGAUGAGGAGGAUUUGCAGAGGGCUCUGGCACUAAGUCGCCAAGAAAUUGACAUGGAAGAUGAGGAAGCAGAUCUCCGCAGGGCUAUUCAGCUAAGUAUGCAAGGUAGUUCCAGAAAUAUAUCUCAAGAUAUUCCACAGACAUCAGGUACAAAUCUUACUUCAGAAGAGCUUCGGAAGAGACGAGAAGCCUACUUUGAAAAACAGCAGCAAAAGCAGCAACAGCAGAAGCAGCAGCAGCAGCAGCAGCAGCAGCAGCAGGGGGACCUAUCAGAACAGAGUUCACAUCCAUGUGAAAGGCCAACCACCAGUUCAGGAGCACUUGGGAGUGAUCUAGGUGAUGCUAUGGGUGAAGACGACAUGCUUCAGGCAGCUGUGACCAUGUCUUUAGAAACUGUCAGAAAUGAUUUGAAAACAGAAGGAAAAAAAUAAUACCUUUAAAAAAUAAUUGAGAUAUUCAUACUUUCCAACAUUAUUCUGUGUGAUUACAGCAUAGGGGCCACUUUGGUAAUGUGUCAAAGAGAUGAGGAAAUAAGACUUUUAGUGGUUUGCAAACAAAAUGAUGGGAAAGUGGAACAAUGCGUCAGUUGUAGGACUAAAAAAUGAUCUCCCAAAUAUUAGCCAAAGAGGCAUUCAGCAAUUAAAGACAUAUAAAAUAGU